UGUUUCCAUGUGAAGCCCAUAUCUUCUUCAUAUUAUUUUCCAUUUUAUUUAUUCUUUAUUUUAGCUUUAUGUUUCAGAUUCUGUCAAAAAGGCAUAUCUUUCAUGAGUAUGCAUCCUAACCACUAGAACAAGACCAAAUCCUUUAAGCUUUUUUCACUCUCUAUAUAAAUCCACCCAACCAUUUGUCAUUUCUAUUCUCAACAUAUAUACUUAACCACUUCCCUUUCACUGAUAAAAGAAUUGAAUCUUUGCAUCUAAUAUGGCUCCCUUAGGAGACAAUAAGGACAACGUUGUUGUAUCUAACAUGAAACUUGAAAGAAUGCUCAGCAUGAAAGGGGGGAAAGGAGAGGCUAGCUACGUCAACAACUCUCAAGCUCAGGGGCAACAUGCUCGAUCGAUGCUACACCUACUGAAAGAAACCCUUGACGAAGUCCAGCUGAGCCCACCGGAUGUUCCUUUCGUGAUCGUCGACUUGGGAUGCUCCUGCGGCAGCAACACCGUCUACAUAAUCGACGUGAUUGUGGAACAUAUGAGCAAGCGAUACGAAGCGAUGGGUCUUCAACCGCCUGAAUUUUCUGCCUUCUUCUCUGAUCUUCCUUCCAAUGACUUCAACACGCUGUUUCAGCUGCUGCCGCCGUUGGCUAAUAAUGCUUGUGGCAGCAUGGAGGAAUGCUUAGCUUCCAAUAGUCACCGCUCUUACUUCGCCGCCGGAGUUCCCGGUUCCUUUUAUCGCCGUCUCUUCCCGGCGAGAUCCAUUGACGUUUUCUACUCUGCAUUUUCUUUGCACUGGCUUUCUCAGGUUCCAGAUAUAGUGUUGGAUAAGAGAUCAGGGGCGUACAACAAGGGAAGGAUAUACAUCCACGGUGCAAAUGAGAGCACAGCCAAUGCAUACAAAAAGCAAUUCCAAAGUGAUUUGGCUAAUUUUCUUGGAGCAAGGUCUAAAGAAAUGAAGAGAGGGGGUUUCAUGUUCUUAGUUUGCUUAGGAAGAACCUCUGUGGACCCAACAGACCAAGGUGGGGCCGGACUCCUUUUUGGGACCCAUUUUCAAGAUGCUUGGGAUGAUCUUGUCCAAGAGGGGCUAAUUACAAGUGAGAAGAGGGACAACUUCAACAUCCCAGUGUAUGCACCAAGCAUACAAGAUUUCAAGGAGGUGGUUGAAGCCAACGGCUCAUUCACUAUCAACAAGCUUCAAGUCUUCAGGGGAGGGAGUCCUUUGGUUGUCAACCACCCGGACGACGCAGCUGAAGUCGGACGAGCCUUAGCCAUCAGCUGCAGAAGCGUCAGUGGCGUCCUUGUCGAUGCUCACAUUGGCGAACAGCUCAGUGACAAGCUGUUCGCCCGAGUUGAGCGCCGAGCUUCACGCCAUGCAAAAGAGCUUAUUGAAAAGCUUCAGUUUUCCCAUAUUGUUGCUUCCCUUUCUCCUGCAUACUAGUAAUCAAACGUUUGGAUAGUAUUUGGUUUCUGUUGGGAAAAAAAACUAAUUAAAAAAAGUUUGUGGAAGUUGAA